GCAUGCGGCAUGCCUGGCUGGCGGCCGUCGUGUGGCUUGCCGCUGCGCUGCCCGACCAGCUGGAGGACAACAGGGCGCUGCUACCGGGCGUCCCAUGCGACGAGUGGGACGCCUCCACGGGCACCUGCUUCUUCCGGCGACAGGUGGGCGACACGGUGACACUGUGGCUGCGCAGUGCCGGUACGGGAGUCGGUCGUGUCACGUGGCGGCGGCGCUACCGUGCGCUGGACGGGUCGUCGUCCCGCGACGCCGUGGUCGAAUUGCGACCUGACACGGCGCCGUGGAACGUGGCCAUCGGUGCCGGCGAGCUACGCAUUUCACCCAUCACCGACUCGGACCUGGAGCCCAACAGCUGGGAGGCCUUUGCGGGACCCCUGGGCAACCUCAGUUUCCGGCUCGAGCUGCUGCCCGUCGACCUGGGGCCCGUGUUCCGAGGCGACCAGCUCACCGUCAACCUCGAACACUUCCUCACGCUGCCGCUCGAGUCGCUUUACUUCCGAUGGGACUGGGACUACCAGCCGCUGGCCACCAACAUGCGGGUGAGCCGGUCGGGCCGCUCCCUGCGCAUCACGGGCCUGCGGCGCAGCCAGGGAGGCUUGCUCGCCUGCUCCGUGUACUCGUCGACGGGCCUGCUGGUGGCACGUCGUCGCUUCAGGCUUCGAGAACCGAUCGAAGAACCCCUGCCCGAACUGCAGAGCCCGUUCCUACUGCAGCAGCAAACCGGCGGUCGCGUCAAGCGCGGCGUACUCCAAGCCGACACCACCGACAGUCGACUACUCGCGCCUUGCACCAGGCACACGCAGUGCGGACUGCAUGCCUCGUGUCGUGCGCGCUACUGCGUGUGCGGCGCCGGAUACGUGGGCAACGGGCUAUUCUGCUGGGAGGCCACCGCUGCCGCGGGCGGUGGAUAGGCCUUUGGUUUCGCUUCAACUCGCGUGGCAUCAGCCAUGUCGCCAUCGGCAUCACGGGCGGCAAUCCGUGCUCGGCCGUUGCAAUCUAAGCCAA